GAGCCGGCCAGUGGCUUGGCACUGCCCCGGCUGGGGAUGCCCAGGAUGUAUGUGGGGUGCAGCGGGCACCUGACCCGAGCGCCGGGGGGUGCCGGGGGGAGCCAUGGACGCCCCUCCCUCCAGGGGCCAGGCGGUCAGGGAGCCUGGGCGGGCGAGUGGCAGUGUUGUGGGGCCCCCCGGCGGGCCACGCGCCUCCUCUCCGGCUGAAGGAGCGGCUGGCCCGUGCCUCCCUCUUCCCGGACUCCUCGGAUGAAAGCGGCUGGCGAAAUCACAGAGUUUUCUCCCGGAUGGAAGCAAGAAAUCCAGCUUCUCUCGGGAGUGCUGGCAGCCGGCAGGACAGGAUGUUUGAGUCGGAGGCGCAUGAGAAGAGGGAGAUGUCGCUGGCAGAAGGGAAGGCGGCCGAGGAGCCCCCGCCGGGCAAGGAGCCCUCUCCCGCGCCUCCUCCAGAACCAGCCCCGGCACCUGGCGAAGAGUCCUCAGACCGACCGGCCAGGCCGAGAUGCGCCACCCCGCGGGCACAGACCUGCCUGCCCCCGAGGAGGGCGCCGGGGCCCCCGACCCCGCACCCAGCCUUCAGGAAGCCCCUCCCGCCGCCCCCGACGACACCCCCCUCCUCCCAGGACCUUGCCACGGGUCCCGAGCCCCCUCCCAGCCAAGCCCUCCCUGCCAGCGCGGAUGCCCCGGCCCCGGACCUGGACCUGCCCCCGCCCAGCCGGGCCAAGGAGCCCCCGCGUCCCGGGGACCCAGCGGCGGCGGCGGCGGCGGCGGGGGACCCUCCCGGGGUCUGCAAGCACACGUUCGUGAUCCCGGAGGUGCGGCUGGAUUGCGCCUACAGCCAGGCGGGGGCGGCUGGCGGCGGCGGCGGCAGCUCGGGCGACGAGGAGGAGGAUGGGGACGAGGAGGACGAGGAGGAGGACGACGACGACGAGGAGGAGGACACGAGCGACGACAACUACGGGGGCCGCGCCGAGGCCAAGCGCAGCAGCAUGAUCGAGACGACGGGCGCGGGCGCCGCCGAGGCGGGCCUGUGCCUGCGCGUGCAGAGCUCGCUGCGGCGCCGGACGCACAGCGAGGGCAGCCUGCUGCAGGACGCGCGCGGCCCCUGCUUCUCCUCGGACACCACCCUGCACUGCUCGGACGGCGAGGGCGCCGCGCCCGCCUGGGCCAUGCCCUCGCCCGGCACGCUCAAGAAGGAGCUGGGCCGCAACGGCGGCUCCAUGCACCACCUCUCGCUCUUCUUCACGGGGCACCGGAAGAUGAGCGGACCCGACACAGUUGGGGAUGACGAUGAAGCGUCGCGGAAGAGAAAGAGCAAAAACCUGGCCAAGGACAUGAAGAACAAACUGGGCAUCUUCCGGCGGCGCAACGAGUCUCCCGGGGCGCAGUCCGCCGUCAAGGGGGACAAAGUGAUGAAGUCGCUCAAGCCCACCUCGGAGGAAGCUCUCAAGUGGGGCGAGUCCUUGGAGAAGCUCCUGCUUCACAAGUAUGGCUUAGCCGUGUUCCAGACCUUUCUGCGCACGGAGUUUAGCGAGGAGAACCUGGAGUUCUGGCUGGCCUGUGAGGACUUCAAGAAGGUCAAGUCGCAGUCCAAGCUGGCAGCCAAGGCCAAGAAGAUCUUCGCAGAGUACAUAGCCAUCCAGGCCUGCAAGGAGGUGAACCUGGACUCGUACACCCGGGAACACACCAAGGAGAACCUGCAGUGUGUCACGCGCAGCUGCUUCGACCUGGCGCAGAAGCGCAUCUUCGGGCUCAUGGAGAAGGACUCGUACCCGCGCUUCCUCCGCUCCGACCUCUACCUGGACCUCAUUAACCAGAAGAAGCUGAGCCCCCCGCUCUAGGGGGCGCCCCGGCUCCGCGCAGCUCAGCGUGCACACCAGGCAGCCUGGGCCCCUGACCGAGGACGGAUGGACGGAGGGCGGACCGGCCAGCCCCCCUCCUCCCCGGAGGCUGCGUCUGCAGACAGACAGACAGACAGACGGAUGGACAGACGGAUGGACGGAGCUCUGGAUUCCAGGCCUGGACCCAAGAGAGGCCCGGGCGGCCGCCCGCUGGAGGAGUCGAGGCACGGGCCCUGGCUGGGUCCCCGCUGCCCCGGUACGAGGGGGGCCCCCAGGCUCCCGGCCCGGCAGGAUCCUGAGACCGACUCGACUCUGCAUUGACCAAGUUCCUUCCAGAACUGGCGACAGUGACCAGGAGGAGCAGGACGACGAGGAUGGCCGUGGCAGGAGAGUGGGGGGACUGGACUCGGGGGGCUCUCCCGGGACGUCGCUGCCGGGGCUCACAGCCUGGGCCCCCCACUCCCACCCCACCACCCCGCCCCCCCAGCCCAGGUCUUAUUUAUUUAAAUAGUAGUGGGAUGCUUGGCACAGCGACCGGGCCUAGGAAAACCUUUGCCUCAUCAACUCUCCGAAUCUCCAAGUGCAAUAUUUGAACGGCCGCCUCGCUAGCACCGUCCAGCCCAGCCGGUGGCCGCCCCCCCUCGGAAGGACGGGGGUGGGGGGGUGCCUCGCCGGUGGUGGGCUUCCGGCGCUGCGGGUGCAAGGCCUUCGGGACUGACCUCACCCAGAAAUCCAGCCUCCCUGGGGGAGGGGGCCCCUCCAGGGGGGGCGCUCUGGGAAAGCGUGGCCCCCCCCCUCUGACCACACAGCAGCCCAGUUCUGGAGCAAAUAAAAGUCCUGUGUUACUUGUUCCCGA